AUGCCCUAUUCACAAGCGAGGCGCUUUCAAAACGGGAACAUCACGAAUUUCGUCUACGCGGAGAACGUGAUCAUUCAACAAGAUUCCCACGGUCGUGGGAGACGCCAUCAAUCACAGGAUCGGAGAGGAGGAAACAAGUUCAACAACUACCAUAAUCGCAAAUCGAGGAGUUUGCCGCGCUUAAAUGUCGAAGCGCCACCCAGCUACAAUCAAGCAAUUUCACAUCAGAGAAAGAGAGAAGUGAUUUGCACGAACUCCUUGAAAAUCACCUCACAUCCUCUUGUUUGGGGAAAGCUUCAAAUUGUUGAAAUUGAAAAUUUCUCUGGUGAUGAUCAAAGUCUCCGCUUUCACGGUCAUCGAUGUCGUUGCUCGCAUAAAGGAUACAAUUUGUGGUCUGGGAGGAGAUUGAGAGUUCAAGUGCAUGGUUGCGAUGAGUUUGACGAGGACAGCGAGCUUCGCAUCAAAACAACCCCAACCGAUGAACUGGAUGGAGAACCAGAAAGGAUUACGAUAAGAAUGGGGUGU